GAUAAGAUAAGAAAAUGACAUGGUGGCAGCAUCGCAGCAGGGUAGAGGGAGCUACGCUACAACCCUUCGAUUCAAUCGAGCAGGGCAGUGGCCGUGCAUCUGAUCCAAUCCACUACUGUUCAUCGGAUGGCCUUGCAAGUCGCAUUUAGAUAAGUGGGAGCCUUUAUCUAUCUCUGUAUCCAUUGAUAAUAUCUCUCUCUUUCCUCUGCUCCUACACCUUCGCUUUCUUUGCUUCCUCACUCCAUCGUUGAUCCCUUCGCUUCAGCACUCACUCCCCUCCGUUCCCGCCCGCUGAUUCUGCUGCUGCUCAAGCUGGGGCUUUGGGGAAACAAGACCAAGCGCUGAUCUGAUCACACCAGAAGAGAAGCCCUUAUAUAUAUGGCCCUCAAGACUCUGCAAGUUUCAUCUAAUUUAGCAAGGCGGCCAAGCACCUACAGUUUCGGUCAAUCCUCGCCUUCGUACCAGCCAAAACUUCCACUGAGACCUGACGCAAGACUCGCCGCAAAGAAGCACCAAAAGAGUAGUACAUCUGUCCUGAAAUGCAGAGCCAAUCUGCACGGUUGCAUGGAUGAGGUUGUUCAGUCCCAGAAGGAUCAGACAACUGAAAUCCCCAUUGUUCUGUACCCAUCGGCCACCUUUCCCGGCACGACACUUCAGUUGCAGGUGUACGAGUUCAGGUACCGCAUCAUGAUGCAGACUCUUCUUCAGGAAGGCCUGAAGUUUGGGGUCAUCUACUCCGACAAAAAUGGCAGGAUGGCCGAUGUAGGGUGCAUUGUCCAUGUGAUCGAGUGUGAGAGGCUUGUCGACGACCGAUUCUUUCUCACCUGUGUAGGUGAAAACAGAUUCCGAGUAGUCGGGGUCAUCAGGACAAAGCCCUAUGUGGUUGCCAGAAUUCAGGUACUGAAUGACCAGCCUGGCUCAGAGCCACAUGAUGACCUGGGGAGCCUGAUGCAGCAAGUGGAACAGCACCUGAAGAAUGUGGCCAUGCUUUCAGACAAACUCAGCUGGAAUCCAAGGGGAGACCAUCAGGCUGAGCAACUCCGUAGGCUGCAUUCUGCUGCCUCUUUCUCAUUCCUUGUCGCGCGAUUAUUCAUCGAUGAUCGUUCAGAGCAGCAGGCGCUGCUCCAGAUGGACGACACCACGCAGCGGUUGGCGCGAGAGGGGAGGUACCUGGAGCGCAAGAGCAAGUACCUGGCGGCCAUUGCUGCGAUCAAUGACGCCUUUGAGCACUUGUCCUGCAACGAGAAGUAGAACCUACCUGUGCAUUUUGAAGGUGUACUGCUGCUACCAGAUAAGCAGAGACCACUGGCAAGAGCAAUAAGCGAUGUGUCAUAGUUAUAGGUUUAGCAUUGAGCCUUGGUUUUGCUUCAGCUUCUGCUGCUGAUGCAGAUGCUGUGUACGGUGUACAUUAAUUCUUGGAUUACUUUUCUUCGCUGCAAGUUUUUGCUAUUCCUAGAUGCACAUGUAUAUAUGCGUACAUGGAGGCUAUAUUGAGUAAUGUGUAUGCAGCUGAGUCUUGCUUUGCCAGGCAACA